UGCAAGAGGCAACGUGUGUGUGUGUGUGGGGUUGACACGCAACACUGCGAACAGCCAGAGUGUUCCCGGAGCUUUCUUCUCCGUCGCUUCUGAUACAAAAGGAUUCAUAUAUAAACAAGAGUACUGCGUGAUUUAAACCAACAGGAUUGUAACUGUAACAUACAGUGUGGGACUCUGGGACUAGGACACAGUAGUUCAGAGCAUCAGUUGAGGACCAUGUGGUGGAUGAGAGACACGGUAACAGAGAGGACCCCAGUGAAACCACCGCUCUACUACAGUCACAGCUGAAUCAUGGGGAAUGUGGAAAGUCAGAAUGGUGACAGCGGUUUCUACGGAAACGAGAAAGGUCACCUGUCCCGAAAGCACACGUCCCGAUCCCUCCGCCUCUCCACCAAGCAUCAGCAGCAGAAUCCCAGUCUACGCUCCCUACGACCCUCGGCAGGAAAGUCGGAACACCGGAAUUCCGAAGCCAGCACCCGCUCUUCCAGCACGCCCAGUAUCCCACAAUCCUUAGUGGAGAACGGCCUGGAACCUUUUAACCAGACAGACGAGCUGGGGGAGUUUGGAAUCAACCCUCAUUGGACUGACCGCGUCGCCAUGACGAUGAGGCCUUCCGAAUCCUUCCCGCACGACGGCGACGACGACCUCACCGGUGACCCCUCUUUAGCCACGCCCACUCCGGAAACCUCCGAGGUGGACACGAUCGCUCUGGAAUGCGAAGGAGCUGAGGAAGAAGGAGCGACGACGUACCCGGUAGAAGGGGACGACGCGGAGAGAGAGACGGACGGAGAGGUGCGGUACCUCCAGAGGGUGAACGAGGGACCGAGGGAAGAAGGAAGUUGUAAGAAGAAGAGGUCGAAAUCAGCGGACAUGUGGAGAGACGACAGUCAGGAGUUCUCUCUGUCAGAUCUCAGCCAGGACCACCUCACCUCCACUGAAGAGAUUAUAGAUGGAGGAGAGGAAGAGGAGGGGGAAGAGGAAGAGGAGGAAGAGAGAGCCAGUUCCAGAGGAACAGCAGGUUCUGCAGAGAGAGCCUCAUCACUAGACCACCUGUGUAGCGAGCGCAGCCAGACGGUUCUGCGAGGAACACAUAACCGCUACGCCAAGAACCACCGGGACGGGGAACUCACCGCCCACAGAGGAAGGGAUGGAGAUGGGGACGAAGGGCUGAUCUCACCCCAGGAGGAGGAGGGAAGUGGGUACGGGGCCUUUACGCUGCCCUGUCGGAGGUCCCACUGUCUGUCUGAAGGUCUGUCAGGACACCAGGUGGUACCGUGUCCGACCUUCCAGGGUCGAAGGGCACAGACGACACAGGACAUAUCGGGCGUACUGGGAGAGGGCAGUGAGUACGGCGAUAGCGGCAUCGAUGGGGUUGCCGCGGAGACGGACGGGGAAGUGGGGCCGGGGUCACGGCGGCGCUGUAAGGCCAUGUCGGCCUCGUUCUCCGUCUACUCUGCUGCCGGGAGCAGCGCGUUUAACGGGAGUGACAGCGGGAGUAGCAGUGGAGGAGGAGAGGGAGGAGGAGGAAGAGGAGGAGAGGGAGGAGGAGGAAGAGGAGGAGAGGGAGGAGGAGGAAGAGGAGGAGGAAGGAGGGGAGGGAGAAAAGGAGGAUGGGGAAUGUAUGAGAACUUGGAUCAGGACUUUGAGAAUCAACACUGGACUCGUCGAGAGCGUGACUGCACAGAGGAGGCGGGCUCAGCUGAGAGUGACGAGCGUAGCAGCGGCACACUAAGCACGGCUUACCCAUCAGACGCUCUCAUUGGCUGCUGUGCGCAGGGCACGGUGAGGAAGGCGGGAGCUCUGGCAGUGAAGAACUUCCUGGUUCACAAGAAGAACAAGAAGGUGGAGCCAGCCACCAAGAGGAAGUGGAAACAUUACUGGGUUUGUCUCAAAGGAUGCACUCUGUUCCUGUACGAGACUGACGGGCGGUCGGGGAUCGACCAUCAUAGUGUUCCUAAACACGCGGUGUGGGCUGAGUACAGUAUCCUUCAGGCCGUACCUGAACACCCCAAGAAGGACUUUGUCUUCUGCCUCAGCAACUCUCUAGGGGAUGCAUUUCUCUUCCAGACGUCGGGCCAGACGGAACUGGAGAAUUGGAUCACGGCGAUCCACUCAGCGUGCGCGGCUGCCGUUGCUAGGCAACAUCACCGGGAGGAUACGGUGCGAUUGCUAAGGACAGAGAUCAGGAAACUGGAGCAGAAGAUAGACAUGGACGAGAAGAUGAAGAAGAUGGGAGAUAUGCAGCUGUCUGCAGUGACAGAUAACAAGAAGAGAAAGACUAUUCUGGAACAGAUCUUCCUGUGGGAGCAGAAUCUAGAGCAGUUCCACUUGGACAUGUUCAGGUGUCGUUGUUACCUGGCCAGUCUGCAGGGAGGGGAGCUGCCCAACCCUAAACGCCUGCUAGCCGUGGCCUCCAGAGCCACCAAACAGGCCAUGGGACGCCUGGGAAUCUUCUCGGUGUCUUCCUUUCAUGCGCUUGUGGCGGUGCGAACAGAGAGCGCUGUGAGGAGGCGGUCCCAGGCUAUGCCCCGCCCCUCUAGUAAACGUCGGAGUCGCUUCUCUUCCCUCUGGGGGCUGGACACCACAUCUAAGAAGAAGGUUAAAGGUCGACCCAGCAUCAACCAGGUGUUUGUUGCUGGGGGGGGACCAGUGAUCAAACCAACGGAGAGAAUGUUUGAAGAUACGGCCAGUGAGAAAUCGAAGGAGGAGGGUUCAUUGAAAAUGAUUCCCCAGGACAGCGUGGACAGUGAGAUUUGGGUUCCUGACUACCUGGCCCCUUCCUGGGUGUGUCUACCUAACGAUCAGCCUGUGCUUGUCGUCAUUCAACCAGGGGAGACUGCAGAAGAUACGUUGGACGCUGUCUGCAAGGCCCAUAAACUGGACCCGUCUAACUUCUACCUGCGUCUGAAGGUGUGUGUAGAGGAUCAGCUGCUGCUAUAUGUUCCCAAAAUGGAAGAAGACGUCUCUGAUCUGCUCUACAAAGAGAUUGAAAUAUGUCCCAAAACCACCAAGCUGAUCCGCUUCGACAAAGCUGAGUCCUGCACGUUGGGAUACGGUUUCUCCAUAGCAGUAGUAGACGAGGAGGGGACUCAGCAGCUCCAUAUCACUGAAGUAAAUGCAGGAGGACUGGCUUCUGCUAAAGGCCUGCAUGCGGGUGAUGAGAUCCUGUUGUUAAAUGGUAAACCAGCGUCGGCUCUGGGCGUGGUGGAUAUGAGGUCAGCGUUAGUCGGCCCCUCGUUGUCCCUGAGCGUGAGCACCCUGCCGACCCUUGACCCUCGCGACCUCUGCCCUUUUCCCCCUCGACGCUCCAACACAGCAGAAUACGACACUUGUACAGACAUCUAUUCCCAGAGCCAAGAGGACAUUCUGGAUGAGGUAUCAGGGUUGACGGUGGUCAGUCCGGAUGAUACUUUAGAGGAUGAGUCAGUUCUGGAUCUGGAGAAUUCAGGACACAACCAGGCGGACUACACUGAGCCAGGACAGAAGAGUACUGAGCAGGUGACUGCAUACUGCCGGAGUCUCCAUGAGAUGAAUCCUUCCCAUGCUUCCCCUCAGUCUUCCUCGUCCUGCUCUUCCUCCCUCUCUCCCAGCCAAGCGAUGCCAGUGGCGGCGGGCAUUGCCAUCCAGAGACAGCUGUCACACGCCGACAAACUACGUAAAGUCAUCAGUGAACUGGUGGAGACUGAGAGGACCUACGUCAAGGACCUGGGCUGUCUGAUAGAGCGUUACCUAACUCCUCUGCAGAAGGAAAGAUUCCUCACCCAGGAUGAGCUCGAUGUCCUGUUCGGUAACCUAGGAGAGAUGCUACAGUUCCAGGUUGAGUUCCUGAAGACUCUAGAAGAUGGGACCAGACUGGUAGCCAACCUGGACAAGCUGGAGAGAGUAGAACAGUUUAAGAAAGUGCUGUUCUCUCUGGGUGGAUCGUUCCUGUACUACGCCGACCGCUUUAAGAUCUACAGCGCUUUCUGUGCCAGCCACACCAAGGUGCCCAAGGUCCUGGCCAAAGCUAAGACAGAUGCAGACUUCAAGGCGUUCCUGGCAGAGAGGAACCCGAAACAGCAACACUCUUCAACCCUGGAGUCCUACCUGAUCAAACCCAUCCAGAGGAUCCUGAAGUACCCACUACUACUGAGAGAGCUGUACUCACUGACGGACCCGGACAGUGAAGAACACUAUCACCUGAAUGUUGCGAUGAAGGCCAUGAACAAGGUGGCCAGUCACAUCAAUGAGAUGCAGAAACUUCAUGAGGAAUACGGAGCCGUGUUUGACCAGCUCAUCAACGAGACGACCGGCGACCGGAAGGAGGUGUCCGAUCUAUCCAUGGGAGAUCUUCUCCUCCACUCCACCCUGGUGUGGAUCAAUCCUCCAGCCUCCCUGGUCAAGGGCAAAAAGGACCCUGAGCUGGCUACCUUCGUGUUCAAGACUGCGGUGGUCUUUGUGUACAGAGAUCGCUCCAAGCAGAGGAAGAAGCUUGGCGCGUCUCAUCGUCCUGCUGUGUCAGAUGACAGAGUCCCGUUCCUUUUCCGUCACAUGAUCUCAACAGACUCCCUACAAGUCCGCGCCCUCACAAACUCCGAGGGUACAGCGGUGUGUGAGAUAGUUCACGUGAGGUCAGAGUCUGAGGGGAGACCAGAGAGAACCUUUCACCUGUGCUGCAGUUCUGUGGACAGUAAGAAGGACUUCCUGAAGACAGUCCACUCCAUCCUGAGAGAUAAACAACGACGCCAGCUGAUGAAGACAGAGUCUCUACCCCUCAACCAGCAGUAUGUCCCCUUCGGAGGAAAACGCCUCUGUAACCUCAAGGGGAACAGACCGGCCAUGAACAGAGCAGUCUCAGCCCCGUCUCGGACCCUUGGUCGCAGGAAGCUGGUUAGGAACCGAUUCACCAUUGACACCGACCUCGUUCUCCAUGACAACCACGAAGACUCUAACCCCACCCACUCUACCCAUGACCAUUCCCACCAGCCUCCACAUUCCCACCAGCCUCCACAUUCCCACCAGCAUCCACAUUCCCACCAGCAUCCACAUUCCCACCAGCAUCCACAUUCCCACCAGCCUCCACAUUCCCACCAGCCUCCACAUUCCCAUAACCCCCUGCUUCCUACCCAGACGCCUCAGCAGCAAACGCUGUUGGCGACUGGAGGCGACACGGACCGCUGGGUGGAAGAACAGUUCGACCUGGGUUGCUACGAUGACCAGGGAGGAGUGACGGGGGAGAGGAGGAUGGAGGGAGGGAUAGAGGGAAGGAUGGAGGUGAAAGAGACGGACAUUCUGAGCGACGACGACGAGUACUGCAAGUCAGUCAGGGCUUCAUCAACCGAACCCAGCCUCCUGGAAGAGAGGAUGGAGGGAGCGACUCUAGAAGAAAGGAGCCAAGACCAGGACAGAGGGGUAGACGAGGAGGAGGAGGAGGGAAAGAAAGAGGUAGAGGAAGAGAGGAGGAGCUCCCAGGGCAUUCUCCAAGAGGACGAGAGGGGUGAAAGGGGAGAGUCACAGGUAGACUCUGUCUCCCCCGCCCCUCCACCCUCACGGUCCCCCGCCCCCCCGGUGAAGCUUACCCCGCUCAGGAAGCAAUGGGCUGCAGAGGGCGUGGCCGGGAAGCAGUGUUCCGUGGAGGGAGUGGCCAAGAGGGACCACUGUGAUGUCAUCUGGGUGAGACGCGAAGACUACGCCAACGGAGGGAACAACGACGUCUUCUGAGACUGAGGGAGGGAUGAACAACAGAAAGAGAGGAAGAGAAGAGAGGGAUCAACGCCUUCUAGGGAGAAGAGGAUAUGACAGAUGGGAUUUGACAGACGGGAUUUGACAGACGGGAUUUGACAGACGGGACAUGACAGACGGGACAUGACAGACGGGAUAUGACAGACGGAAUAAGACAGACGGGAUUUGACAGACGGGACUUGACAGACGGGAUUUGACAGACGGGAUUUGACAGACGGGACUUGACAGACGGGAUUUGACAGACGGGACAUGACAGACGGGAUUUGACAGACGGGACAUGACAGAUGGGAUUUGACAGACGGGACAUGACAGACGGGACAUGACAGACUGAAUAAGACAGACGGGAUUUGACAGACGGGACUUGACAGAUGGGACAUGACAGACGGGACAUGACAGAUGGGACUUGACAGACGGGACAUGACAGACGGGACAUGACAGACGGAAUAAGACAGACGGGAUUUGACAGACGGGACUUGACAGACGGGAUUUGACAGACGGGACAUGACAGACGGGACAUGACAGACGGGACAUGACAGAUGGGACUUGACAGACGGGACAUGACAGACGGGACAUGACAGACGGAACAAGACAGACGGGAUUUGACAGACGGGACUUGACAGACGGGAUUUGACAGACGGGAUUUGACAGACGGGAUUUGACAGACGGGACAUGACAGAUGGGAUUUGACAGACGGGACAUGACAGACGGGACAUGACAGACGGGACAUGACAGACGGGAUAUGACAGACGGAAUAAGACAGACGGGAUUUGACAGACGGGAUUUGACAGACGGGACUUGACAGACGGAAUAAGACAGACGGGACUUGACAGAUGGGACUUGACAGAUGGGAUUUGACAGACGGGAUAAGACAGACGGGAUUUGACAGACGGGAUAUGACAGACGGGACAUGACAGACGGGACAUGACAGACGGGAUAUGACAGACGGGAUAUGACAGACGUGAUUUGACAGACGGGAUAUGACAGACGGGAUAUGACAGACAGGAUUUGACAGACGGAAUAAGACAGAUGGGACAUGACAGACAGGAUAAAACAGAUGAUUAAGACAGACAGGAUUUGACAGACGGGAUAAGACAGACGGGAUAAGACAGACGGGAUUUGACAGACGGGAUUUGACAGACGGGAUUUGACAGACGGGACAUGACAGACGGGACAUGACAGACGGGACAUGACAGACGGGACUUGACAGACGGGAUAAGACAGACGGGAUAUGACAGACGGGACAUGACAGACGGGAUUUGACAGACGGGACAUGACAGACGGGACAUGACAGACGGGACAUGACAGACGGGACAUGACAGACGGGACAAGACAGACGGGAUUUGACAGACGGGAUUUGACAGACGGGAUUUGACAGACGGGAUAAGACAGACGGGAUUUGACAGACGGGAUUUGACAGACGGGACAUGACAGACGGGACAUGACAGACGGGACAUGACAGACGGGACAUGACAGACGGGAUAAGACAGACGGGAUUUGACAGAUGGGAUUUGACAGACGGGAUAAGACAGACGGGAUUUGACAGACGGGAUUUGACAGACGGGAUUUGACAGACGGGAUAUGAUAGACAGGAUAUGACAGACGGGAUAUGACAGACGGGAUAAGACAGACGGGAUAUGAUAGACAUGACACAAAUGUGACUGCUGAGUUCGUUCACACAAGCUUUAAAAAGGAGGUUUUCGAGGAGGGACGAAGGACCCCUGUCGAUCUCCCCUCACCGCUCCACGGGUCUAUUCCCUAGGAACCAAACAGAAGCAAACAGGGAGGGACUAACCUGAACUUAAGGAACACUCGUUUUCAUUUACGAAACGUUUUCCAUUACAAAACGAUUUGCACUAAUGAAUUACAACCCAUCGCCCACCUUCUCCUGACAAUCCUACUGUCUUCUACUUAGUGACAGACUCACAGUCUCACAAUGCCUCAACUGAACUGCUAUCAGAUGGGAGAGAGAGGCCGCACACGCAAACACACUGAACUAUAACAUCACUGAACUACAAUCUUGUUGCCAAAAAAAAAAAAAAAUGUUUAUUUUUCAAACGCAGGAAUGAUGAGUCGUAUUUUUUGCUUCUCUGACUUAGAAACUGUGUUUGUUUGUUUGUUUGUAUGUAACACUCAAGGGCUGUGUGUAACUUCGAAACCUUGUCUGCAUCUCAGAUGCUACCGUAUCGUGUACCCUUUUUAGUGCACUGUUUUUCACCCUGGAGCCAUAGGGUUCGUAUCCUAAACCUUGUCUUCAGGGGCUACAGACUGCUGUGUAACAUACUCCAUAGAGAUAGCUAGAAGACACAACUUGGAUAUAAAUACACAAAGAUGAGAUCUCUUUCCAUCUCUAUGGUGUACAACCCUGCUAGCUUUACCGCGCUUCUACUGUUCUGCUCGAUUAUCGGCUGCUGAUAGGACUCAGAGCAACUAUCCAGGCACAAUUAUAGCUUAUUGUCUUUUCUAAAAAAUAACAUUCUUUUUUUAUUCACGUCUACCAACAUAUUUGUUCAAAUCUUGAUUUUGUUGACUAUGGGGAAAUAAUUAACUAAACAAAAUAUUUUGGGGUUUUUAUUUCUGUUUUACAUGACAUCCAGUGUUACACACUCCCUGACCCUCGCAUGGGACAGGAUAUGACAUCAAAAUAGUAAUAAUAUGACUUCCUGUUUUACUUGAAUUUUCUUUGGAGUUUUGUUUGAAAGGAAAAUGUUUGACAAAACACCUGCUGUUACUGACUGCAAAUCAGAAUCGAUGAAUUAGCCAGCUGACAUUGAUUAUUUAUUUUAAAACAUUUAAAAAAGAAGGAAAUAACCAUCAUUUUUCUGGUUCAGCGAAACUUAGAUCCGUGUUUUUCGGUUCUUGAGUAAAUUAGACCAUGCCCAUUUCAAGCUUAUCAUUAAAGUAAGAAGUUAUUUUAGAAUAAUUAGGCAAGUAAAGCUGGAUAACUCAAUCAAUAUGCUUUUGUAGUAUACCCAUCUGGACUGCUGCCAAUGUCGACCCCACUAUUGUGUCACGCUCAAAAUGCUCCUCCGAACUGGGAAAAACCAGGUUCCCGACUGGGAACUAAAUAGUUGAACGAGCCUCCCAAGUCGGACUUCCAAGUGGAAAAGUCUGAGGUCAUUUUGAGUUGUGAUGUUUCGCCACAUCGUCUAAUUCACUGUAUCAACGUGGAUAGUGCAGCUAGUUUGACAAUAUUAUCAACAUUAAGAAAGCUAGUCAACUCUAUCAUUAGCGAUGUUAGCUAGCUCAUUUAGCUAGCAAAAACCUAUUAGGUUAAAGAAUUGUUUCCGAAUUCAAAAAGCAAUUGAACAUUGUAAUGUCAGACUUACGACUUUCUAACUGGGAAACGUUUCAGUUCCAAUGAGCAUUAGCUUCUGACUAACUCUUAAAGGAGUUAUCCUUAGCUUCUGACUAACUCUUACAGGAGUUAUCCUUAGCUUCUGACUAACUCUUACAGGAGUUAUCCUUAGCUUCUGACUAACUCUUACAGGAGUUAUCCUUAGCUUCUGUUUCCUCUUGUGGUUGUACGACAAGUCGCAAUCAAGGCAGCACACAAAGCAAAGACGAAAAACGUUUUCGAACACGACAUCUGUUCUUCUUUUGGUUUUACACUAUCGAAGACCCGCCCCCCAUCAGUCCUCCAAAAACCAAACGGCCUCUCUGCUGAGUGGAAAUAGAAACUAAAGAGUGUUCGUUUUGAAGUAGAACAAGCCUUCCCUGGUUGCCAGGAUACGUGUAGUGUACCACAAAGCAGGAUCAACAAGUUAACCGGUGAACUUGUCUAAAUAUUCUGAAAUAACUUUUAUUUAUUUAAAAAGACAAGCUUGAAAUGGGCACAGUCUAAACUGAACCAAUAACUAAAAACACGUUUUAACGUUUAAGCUUUCUUAUUAAUAAAGCAGAAAAUAUAUCUUUAUUUCUAGUUGUGUAUUUAAUGUUAGGUGUUGAAGUCAUUGAUCCUGCUUUGUUUAUACCUCUCUGGAUUAGUUACCAGAUCUUUUUGUUGUUGUCAUGUCAAACAGAACGGUAUUUAUCUACAAAAGAGCAAAACAACAACAAAAAAGUUUGAAAUCUGAACAACAACCAAAAAAGCAGGUCUUUGUUGUCCGUCUACAUUUGACAUUUCGGUCAUUUAACAGACGCUCUUAUCCAGAGCAACUUCCUGUCUAUUCCCAACCAGGGAUCUAUGUCUUAUCCAGAGCAACUUCCUGUCUAUUCCCAACCAGGGAUCUAGGUCUUAUCCAGAGCAACUUCCUGUCUAUUCCCAACCAGGGAUCUAGGU